AUGCAUAUUCCCUCUCUUUUCUCUUCAGCUCUGCUGUUUUCAACCGCCCUCGCAGUGCCCCAGCCUGAUUACAUUCCUCAUGUCAAACCCCAUAACCAGCGAUAUGAGCACACGAUUAACUUCCCCAAGGGUUGCGAAAGUGGUAAAUUUAUCAACUGGAAGACGUACAAGGCCAAUGGUGUCAAUCUAGGAGCUUGGCUUGCCAAGGAAAAGACCCAUGAUCCCGUCUGGUGGAAUUCGCUUGGUACCAAAGCCGCUGCUACUAUCGAUGAAUGGGGCUUGUGCCAGGCUCUUGGAAAGCAAUGUGGCCCAAUUUUGGAGAAGCGCUACGAAUCUUUCCUCAAUACCUCUACCAUCAAUACCCUUCGCAUCACUACCACCUACGCCGCCUGGGUCAAGGUCCCUGGCUCCGCUUUCUACCAUGGCAGACAACAGGACCAUCUACGAAAGAUUACUCAAUAUGCUAUUGAACGAUACAACAUGCAUAUCAUCAUCGGUCUUCACUCCCUACCCGGCGGUGUGAACAACCUCGACAUUGGUGAAGCUUUCGGGCAUGACGGUUGGUUCUAUAAUUCUACCAAUCUGGCCUGGAGUUUCAAGGCUGUUGACAAGGUUCUCGACUUUGUCAAAACCAGCGGCCAUAAGAAUGCCUUCACGAUCGCUCCCCUCAACGAGGUCAGCGAUAACUUGGCUGGUUUCGGCUCAGCAGCUGGUCUAUCCGACAAAGCGACCAACUGGGUUCUCACAUACAUGAAUGGGGUUUUCCAGCGCGUCGAAGCCGUCGACAAGCGUAUCCCCGUGAUGCUCCAAGACAACUUCAAGGGUGCCGCCUUCUGGUCCCCGCUGUUUGACAAGAAGCGCAACCUUGUCAUCGACUCUCACGUCUAUUACUUUGCCGCAUCGGGUACCUACUCACAGUAUGUCGCACCUGCUGUGUGCGGACAAGCAAAGUACCUGGCUGAGGAGACCAAGUUCCCUGUGUUUGUCGGUGAAUGGUCUUUGCAGACUAUAUACAACAACACCCUAUCGGUGCCUAGCCGCAAAACCAUCUUCGAUACUCAGCGCUAUGCCUGGCAGAAGUAUGUGGCUGGUGGUGCUUUCUGGACAGCUGUGUCUUACUCCACUACGCCUGUGGAUGGACAAGGUAUCCAGAGGGAUUACUGGAGUUAUGUUGACCUGAUCAGGGCUGGCGUUAUUACUAAGGCUACAACUAAGAGCUAUUGCUAA